AGGGGCGGAGGCGGCGCCGGGCUCAGGCCACGGCCCGGAGCAGCUGACCAUGGAGCUCCAGCAAUUCACACCAUCCUCGAGGCCUCACCCACCUGUAGUGGGCAAAGUGACUCAUCACAGCAUUGAAUUGUACUGGGACCUGGAAAAGAAAGUGAAACGGCAAGGACCUCAGGAGCAGUGGUUCAGGUUCUCGAUUGAAGAAGAAUACCCCAAAAUGCACACUUACGGUAUCAUUUAUACGGGAUAUGCAACAAAGCACGUGGUGGAAGGUCUGGAACCUCGGACACUGUACAGAUUUCGACUGAAGGUCACCAGCCCGUCUGGAGAAUAUGCGUACAGCCCUGUGGUCACCGUGUCCACAACCAGGGAACCCAUAAGCAGUGAGUAUUUCCAUCGAGCUGUCAAUGUGAAUGAUGAAGAUUUGCUGGUUCGACUUCUUCAAGGAGGUAACGUGAAGGUUGAUGUCCCCAAUAAGUUUGGCUUCACGGCGCUGAUGGUUGCUGCCCAGAAAGGGUACACCAGGCUUGUGAAAAUCCUCAUUUCUAAUGGCACUGAUGUGAAUCUGAAGAAUGGAAGUGGCAAGGACAGUCUGAUGCUGGCGUGUUACGCGGGACACCUGGACGUGGUGAAGUGUCUCCGAAGACACGGUGCUUCCUGGGAGACGAGAGACCGAGGCGGCUGCACGGCUCUGCAUUGGGCCGCAGAUGGAGGCCACUGCAGCGUGAUUGAGUGGAUGAUAAAGGAUGGUUGUGAGGUAGACGUGGUGGACGCUGGCUCGGGCUGGACCCCACUCAUGAGAGUCUGCGCGGUCUCAGGGAACCGGAGUGUGGCCUGUCUGCUCAUUGAAGCUGGAGCCGAUGUGAACGUGAAAGAUAAAGAUGGGAAGACGCCUCUGAUGGUGGCAGUGCUAAAUAAUCACGAAGAGUUAGUCCACUUACUUCUUGACAAAGGGGCAGAUGCAAGUGUGAAAAACGAGUUCGGCAAAGGCAUCCUCGAAAUGGCCAGAGUUUUUGACAGACAGAAUGUACUCUCCUUAUUAGAAGAAAGGCAACAAAAGCAGAUGCUUAAGAAGUCGUCGGUCCCUUCUGCCCGCUGACCGGGCACUGCUUCUCUCCGAAAGGCGAGUGACACAAAACUAAACGUGACUGUUGAACUAGAGAGAUGAAAUACUGCAUCUUUGAGAGUUAUACAUUUGAUUAUUUAUUUAGUUGAAGACUCACAGUGACUUUUGUAACGUACAACUG